CUGCCUCAGCAAAUUCGCCCCUGGACGACGCGCACCCUGACCUAAUACUGCAGCGACGGGAGGGCCUGAGCUACACGCUGCUCCUCGGAGGGUUUCGCCUAACCAGCCAAUAGAGUGGAAGGGAGGGGCUACUUUACCAGGCGAGGGGGCGGAGCUGUAGAAAGGAGCUCGAAGGCCGCUUCCACCUCGAAGAGCGAUCUUUGGCGCGCGGGCGUAGAGGCUGAAGUCCUUGCAUCAGACCUCGGAUGCUCCUUAGCUCCAGUUUGUUCCUUCUGCGCGGCUUCCCUCGUCUAUUCCAUGCUGCUGCAAUGAGCACCGCUACUGGUACUUUUCGACUGCAGCAACCCCUCAACUACCGAGAAGGUGCCCGCCACCAGCCUGUGGAUGGGGAUCACAGCGAGGAGAUCUAUGAACCAGCAACUGGUAGAGUUAUUGGGAACUUAUCCUUCUCUGGUGAGAAGGAGGUAGAUCUGGCUGUAAAGAGUGCACAUGCUGCUUUCAAAAUAUGGAGUCAGAAAUCAGGCAUGGAACGGAGCAGCAUUUUGCUGGAGGCAGCCCGAAUUAUCCGGGAAAGAAGAGAAGAAAUUGCUACCAUAGAAACAAUCAACAAUGGGAAAUCCAUCUUUGAAGCUCUCGUGGACAUUGAUAUAUCUUGGCAGUGCCUGCAGUACUAUGCUGGUCUAGCUGGCUCCUUGGCAGGUCAGCAUAUCCAGCUCCCCGAGGGAUCCUUUGCUUAUACCAGAAGAGAACCUCUUGGAGUCUGUGCUGGGAUAGGGGCUUGGAACUACCCUUUUCAAAUUGCCUGCUGGAAAUCAGCCCCUGCUUUGGCCUGUGGUAAUGCCAUGGUCUUCAAGCCUUCUCCCUUCACCCCCAUCUCCAUUGUGAUGCUGGCAGAGAUCUACAGUGAGGCUGGUGUUCCCAAGGGACUUUUCAACGUGGUGCAGGGCGGAGCUGCCACAGGCCAGUUCCUGUGCCAACACCCAAAUGUGGCCAAAGUCUCAUUCACCGGGAGUGUACCCACAGGUGUUAAGAUUAUGGAAAUGGCAGCCAAAGGGAUCAAACCUGUUACUUUAGAGUUAGGGGGAAAGUCCCCCCUCAUCAUCUUCUCUGACUGUGUUUUGGAUAAUGCUGUGAAAGGAGCCCUCAUGGCUAAUUUUCUUACCCAGGGCGAGGUUUGUUGCAAUGGUACUCGGGUGUUUGUACAACGGGCGAUCCUGCAGGCCUUCACCAAAGAAGUUGUGAAACAGACCCAGAACAUCAAAAUUGGCGACCCCCUGCUGCAAGACACAAGGAUGGGAGCACUUGUCAACAAGGCACACCUGGAGAAGGUCUUGAGUUUUGUUAAACAAGCCAAGGAGCAGGGUGCAGAAGUGCUGUGUGGAGGGGAUGCAUUUGUGCCAAAUGAACCCAAUUUGAAAAAUGGCUUUUAUAUGUCUCCUUGUGUCUUAGGAAACUGUAAGGACAGCAUGACAUGUGUAAAAGAGGAGAUUUUUGGACCAGUCAUGUCUAUUUUGCCCUUUGACACAGAAGAAGAGGUCCUAGAGAGAGCCAACAACACCCGUUUUGGCCUGGCAGGAGGUGUCUUCACCAGAGAUAUCCAGCGCGCCCACAGAGUAGCGGCUGGUCUCCAGGCUGGAAUGUGCUUCAUCAACAACUAUAAUGUCAGUCCCGUGGAGCUUCCCUUUGGAGGAUACAAGAUGUCAGGGUUUGGCCGAGAGAAUGGUGAAGCAGCAAUUGAAUACUAUUCCCAGCUGAAGACAGUCUUUGUGGAAAUGGGCAACGUAGAAUCAGUGUUCUAGUGGCCCUAGUCUAGUUGAAUGCUUCCAGUUAGCAUACAAUGGAGAUGCUAUGUACAACAGAAGCCGGAAGUGGUCUUUGUAGCGUCUGAUCGCAUUGUUUUUCUCCUAGUGCUACUUUGAAUUCCAUUUUUUCUCUUUCCUUUCUUCUUUUGAAAGUACAUAAUGGAGAAAAGAGAAACAGUCACAUUGGCCAUAAGAUUUUUUGCAACCAGUCCCAUAUAACUUCCAGACACCUCUUGCGAAGUUUUCUGACAUAAACAUAGUAGCGCAAAGUCUCAGCAGCAUAUGGCAAGACUGUCUGGUUCUAGACCUUGAGACAAUUUAUCUUCCUGAUCUAUUGAACUUGGUUGCUACCUCACUACCCAGAAACAAUAACUAAACAUCUGCACAAAACAGAUUGAUUGUGUUUCUAGUAUCUUUUCUAGGUAGGCUGUUUUAUGCAAUGAAUUUUGACCAAAUAAAGGUGCUGCUAUUGAGCAUUGAUUGCAUAAAAUUACAUGGCAGACACAAGUAUUCUAGCUGUUCUCAAUAGGUGGGAUGGGUGCUUGUUUUAAAGGAUAGGAGGAUUUGUUAGGAAAUUCAUUAAGCCCCUUAUGUACAGAAGCAUUGAAUUAUAAACAGGUGAUUCUGCCUUUCAGAAAUAUCUGGAAGAUCAAUCCCUGGAAGCUAGGAUUCCCUUUACUGGGGCAAAAUUUAUAGUACCUUUUCAAUAAAAACAAGGUUUUGAUUUAUAUAUUCAUUCCUCACUGGUUAUGGAAAAGUAGCACUAUUGAUUCUAGGAGAUUGCAAAUGAUAUUUCCCUCCUGAAUGAAAAACUGUUGGAGGAGAUGGUUGGGAAUCAAUAUUCUUUUCCUAAGUGAGAGGCAGGCUCAUAAUACCUUACAAAGGCUUAAUUUAUGGGUUGAUUUAAGCACUGCUAUUAGAACAGCAAGUUACUCGCUGGUUUCUGAGUACUUAUCCUUAACUACAAUUUUAAGUUAGGAGAAUUGCAAUAAAUGCAGAUUGGGUACGUUCAAGUAGGCAGCUUGUAAUUCAUUGCCAUAAAGAGCUGAAUCUGAGACUGAACGUUGAAGAUGAACCAUCAGAGAGUCAUUGAAUGGAAGAGUUUUCCACAUCUGCACCACUCAGCAAAUCUGUUAAAAGUGCCUAAUCCAAUUUAUACUUUCUCAAUAAGCAGUAAUUGGAUAACUGCAGAACAGCAGAUUAAGCAUGCAAAGGAGCCAAGAGCUCUGCCAGAAAAGCAAGAAAUGUCCCUAUCUAGACAACUAAAAAGGAAAAAGACAUAAAGCUGCAUUUUUAAAAAAUCAGAUGCCAUUAUCAAUCUCUUCUAGUUCUUGGAUGCCAUAGACUUAUGGUAAAUGUUUAUGGUUUUCUGCCAAGGCUUGAAUUAUAGUUCUAGGCUGCUAGAUUACUUUCCCCUUCAAUUCUGUCAAAAGGUGCCUUAGAUUUUUUGUUUUUGUUUUGUUUUUUGUUUGUUGUGUGUGUGGUUUUUUGUUUUUGUUUUUGUUUUGCGCUACUCUAAGUUCCUUUAUAAUGUAUAGGACUUAUUGAGAUGAUAGGUGCAUAUAAAUCUCUGAAAAAAGA